AUGGAUGAGAGAAGGGUAGUGGCCGAGCCCGACCUUCCCUGGUCCUACGCGCCGCUCCCCGACGGGGAAGAGCACCUCGCUGUCUCUCCCUCUCGCCCGCGGCCGCUGAUCUUCGUCCUGAGAGCUCUUUCCGUCGCCUUCGCCGGAGUUUUCUUGCUCGCCGCCGCGCUCGGUUUGACGGCCGGAGGAUGGCGCGAAUCGGGGCCCCAACGGCCGCCGGAGCUUCGCCUGCCGGCAGUCUCGCGGGGGCCGGCGCUGGGGGUGUCGGAGAAAGCGUCGGGUGUGCUCCUGGGGGCGGCGGCGCCGCGCUACACCUGGACCAACGCCAUGCUCCUCUGGCAGCGGACCGCCUUCCACUUCCAGCCGGAGAAGAACUGGAUGAAUGGUUCUUCUCUCCUCCCUCUCCCAUCAUACCCGUCUCUCCUUCUCCCUCUCUCUUCCUCCUUCCAUCGCUGAUUCUUGUUUCCCCUUUACAUGGACGCUCCAUGGACGGCGGCGGGGGUUUGCCCCUGCUCUCCUCCUCAGAUCCGGACGGUACGGAAAUCAAGAAUCCCCGCCAUUCAUUCCAUGCUAAUUUUGAAUGAUCCUUCUACGGGAAAGACCCCACCCCCCCUCUCCUCCCCGGCGGCCGGCGAUCUCCUUCUCCCUCCGCCAUCAAGAACUCGGGAGAUUGAUGAUGAUGAUCUGUUUCUGGUGGCGCAGGACCCCUGUUCUACAAGGGAUGGUACCACCUGUUCUACCAGUACAACCCGGAAUCCGCGGUGUGGGGGAACAUCACCUGGGGGCACGCCGUCUCCCGGGACCUGAUCCACUGGUUCUAUCUCCCCCUCGCCAUGGUUCCCGACCGCUGGUACGACGCCAACGGCGUCUGGACCGGCUCUGCCACCUUCCUCCCCGACGGCCGCAUUGCCAUGCUCUACACCGGCUCCACCAACGCCUCCGUGCAGGUACAAAACCUCGCCUUUCCGGCCAACUCCUCCGACCCCCUCCUCCUCGACUGGGUCAAGUACGACGCCGGCAACCCGGUGCUCGUCCCGCCGGCGGGCAUCUCCACGGUCGACUUCCGCGACCCGACGACGGCGUGGUACAGCGCCGGCGACGGUGUAUGGCGGCUCGCCAUCGGGUCUAAGGACGCGCAGAAGACCGGCAUCGCCCUCGUCUACGCCACCAGGGACUUCAUCUCCUACGACCUCCUAGAUGGUGUCCUCCACGCCGUCCCCGGCACCGGCAUGUGGGAGUGCGUGGACUUCUACCCGGUGGCGGCGGAGGGUGUCAACGGGCUGGACACGUCGGCGAACGGCCCCGGAGUGAAGCACGUCCUCAAAGCCAGCCUCGACGACGAUAAGCACGACUACUACGCCAUCGGCACCUACGACCUGGCGGCGAACAGGUGGACUCCGGACGAUCCGGAGGCCGACGUGGGGAUCGGCCUCCGCGUUGACUACGGCAAGUACUACGCAUCUAAGACCUUCUACGAUCAGAAGAAGCAGCGGCGGCUGCUGUGGGGGUGGAUCGGCGAGACGGACAGCGAGAGCACCGAUCUCCAGAAAGGCUGGGCUUCCGUCCAGGUGGGCAUUUUCUGACGAUCGGAGGAGAAGACGGCUAGUUGACUUUUAUGAGUUCCUUCCCCGUGACGUGAUCUUCCCCGUGCAGACGAUUCCCAGGACGGUGCUGCUGGAUCAGAGAACGGGGACGAAUCUGCUCCAGUGGCCGGUGGAGGAGGUGGAGAGCCUGAGGAAUGGCUACUCCGAAUUCGACGGCGUCGAGAUCGCCGCCGGGUCGGUCGUGCCUCUGGACGUCGGCUCAGCCACGCAGGUAACCUACUUACAACCAGCAGCUCUUUCUCCAUGGCGGGCCAGAGAUGGGUUUGCCAUGAAAUGAAUGUGGUCGUCUUUCUUCUGUUUACUCAGCUGGACAUCGUGGCGGAGUUCGAGGUGGGGAAGGAGGCGCUGGAGGGGACGGUGGAGGCCGACGUAGGCUACAACUGCAGCACCAGCGGCGGCGCCGCCGCCAGGGGCGCGCUAGGCCCGUUCGGUCUCCUUGUUCUCUCGGUCGAUGGCCUCUCGGAGCAGACGGCUGUAUACUUCUACAUCGCCAGGAAGACCGACGGCGAGCUGGGCACCUUCAUUUGCCAGGACGAGCUCAGGUUCGUGCUCUUCUCUCUCUCUGGACCUAACACCCCCGACUUCAACCCUCCAUCUGAAUGCGGAAGCUCAAGAUUCUGAAAACUUGCAGGUCGUCCAAAGCGGACGAUCUCGUCAAGCGGGUCUACGGGAGCGCAGUCCCCGUCCUAGACGGCGAGAAAUUCGCUGUCAGAAUCCUGGUAAGCCGACGAUGAUGGCCCUUGAGAAGCUCUACAGGCCCGAGGUCAUUCUCCUCCCUCACCCCGCUCCCUCUGGUUUUUCCUCCCUCUCUCCUCGUCUUUCAGGUAGAUCACUCGAUAGUGGAGACGUUCGCCCAAGGAGGGAGGACCUGCAUCACCUCCCGCGUGUACCCGACGGAGGCCAUCUACGGCGCCGCCAGGGUCUUCCUCUUCAACAACGCCACCGCCGGCCCCGUCACCGCCGCAACGGUCAAAAUCUGGCAGCUCAGCUCGGCCCUCAUCCGCCCCUACACCCCCUCCGACGGCCGCUGA